CCGCACGUUAAUGGCCUAACGAAGUACAUUGCCAAAGCUUUGUCUCUCAGGCGAACCAACCAACCGUAAUUUCUCUCUGCCGAACCCACCGCCACCGCCACCACACCGUUACGCCUUCCAAAUACCGCAACCCGCGCCUCACCUUUUCCCCAUGGGAUCCCCCGCCGAAGCACCAUCUCCUGAUGCCGCACCCGCAUCAUCUCCUCCUCCUCCUCCGCCGCCGACGACGACUCGGCCCUCACCGUUCCCCGGACGGGAAGACUGCUGGUCGGAGGAGGCCACCUCCACCCUCAUCGACGCAUGGGGUUCCCGUUACCUCUCCCUCAGCCGCGGCAGUCUCCGCCAAAAUCACUGGCAGGAAGUCGCCGCUGCCGUCAACGCCGCCCACGGCCACGACCCAAGACACCGCCGCACCGAUGUCCAGUGCAAGAACCGCAUCGAUACCCUCAAAAAGAAGUACAAGGUCGAGAGGGCUAGGGUUUCCGAUUCCACCGCCGGCGACGAUGACGGCGACGGACGCGUAUACUCCGGCACAUGGUCUUUCUUCCACCGCAUCGAUUCUCUCAUCGGAGACACGUAUCCUUUGAAAAAGCAGUCCCCGCCGGUGAAAUCCUCCCCUCGCCUUAAAUCCCCUCCGGCGGCGAAGCCUUCGCCGCCGCCGUGGACGGUGACUCCGGUAGGUCCCCGAUCCGGAACAAAGAAGCGAGCUGCGCCGAUGAGUUCCGAUGACACUUAUUUUCGCCGGAAGUUCUCGGCUUUUGCGGCCGCCGCGGUGGCGGCGGCUGCGGCGGAGAGUGAAGAUUCAAAGGGGAGCAGCGAGAAGAGGAGAAGGGUAACAAAAAACGAUGAAGAAUGGGAAAUUGGGUACCGAGAAUUGGCACAUGCUAUUGAGAAAGUUGGUGAGAUAUAUGAGAGAGUUGAAGCGGCGAAGAGGAAGCAAAUGGUUGAGUUGGAGAAACAAAGGAUGCAGUUUGCUAAGGAUUUGGAGUGUCAGAGGUUGAAGCUGUUCAUGGAGACUCAGCUUCACAUACACAAGAUCAAUAAUCACUCUUCUAAUGAUGCUGCUGAUAGUUUCUCAUAGCAACUAGUAAUGCACUGAUGAUGGACGAAAACUCCAAUGGGUAAAUUAGAUAGAUGUUACGUUUGGUCAUGGAAGCAUAUUUGCCCCCUUUUUUUAACUAAAAAAAAUAAAAAAAUGUCUUAGUAAGAAUUUAGGUUGGUUUGUAUUUAUUUACAGUUAUAAUGCUAUACUGUCCUUUGUGAAGAGAAUUUACUCUAUCUAUCAAUUUCUUAAACAUGAACAAGCUGAUUGUGGAUAAUGUAAUCAAUUAGAAAU